CUCUUUCUUUGAGAAAUGGCGCAAAACAGUAGGACCCUCUACCGUUUCUUUCAAUCGCCUCCUUUACAUUCUUCAUAUAUGUCUACUGUUUUAUGCAGGGCGCGAUUGUAUUCACACUCAAAGUUCCUUGAGAUUGCAGUCGAUGCUGCGAAGAAGGCUGGAGAGGUGAUUCGUGAAGGGUUCUAUCAGACCAAGCACGUUGAGCACAAAGGCCAGGUGGAUUUGGUUACAGAAACUGACAAGGCAUGUGAAGAUCUUAUAUUCAAUCAUCUUAAGCAGCAUUUCCCUGACCACAAGUUCAUUGGAGAAGAAACUACUGCUGCUUAUGGUGUUUCAGAGCUGACCGAUGAACCAACAUGGAUAGUUGAUCCUCUUGAUGGAACAACUAAUUUUGUUCAUGGGUUCCCUUUUGUGUGUGUCUCAAUUGGCUUAACAAUUGGAAAAGUCCCCGUUGUGGGUGUUGUCUUCAAUCCAAUUAUGAAUGAGCUUUUCACUGGAAUUAGUGGUGAAGGUGCCUUUCUAAAUGGAAAUCCCAUAAAAGUGUCUUCUCAGUCGGAACUUGUUAAGGCUCUCCUUUGUGCUGAGGCUGGAACAAAACGAGAUAAGGCUACCCUUGAUGCAACUACCAAUCGAAUUAAUAACUUGCUUGCUAAGGUGAGAUCUAUUCGAAUGUGCGGUUCUUGUGCAUUAGACCUUUGUGGAGUUGCAUGUGGAAGGAUUGAUCUAUUCUAUGAAGUUGGAUUUGGAGGACCUUGGGAUGUAGCUGGUGCCGCCGUUAUUGUAAAAGAAGCAGGAGGAUCUGUAUUUGACCCUUCUGGAGGCGAAUUUGAUAUUACAGCUCAAAGAGUGGCUGCUACAAAUUAUGAACUGAAAUCUCUAUUCAUCAAGGCACUACAAGAAUCUGAAUGAAAUCUCUAAAACAGCUUGAGUGAAUAAUUGUUCAGGUUUUAACUGAACCCGAUUGGCCAAACAUUGUUUUCAAUCCAUUACAUGAACAAACAUUUUAGAAACAGUUCUCUCUACCAUUUAUAGAUGUCUACCAAUAAGUAUUCAUAUUGUAAUCUUUUGAGCAUGAAACUUUCAUUUUACUAAUUUUAUUUAUAGAAGCAGACCAAUUGCUACCA